AUGGCGAUGGGGGUUCCAGUGAGACCACUGCCUCCUAACAGAGUGCCCACUAGUUAUGCUCAGGACCAGAACACUCCACUUCAUGCAGCUUGUUUCCGUGGUGAUUACAAUGAAGCUCUCAUGUUGUUGUUGAGAGGAGCUGAUAUCCAUGCACUCAACACGUGGAGGGAGACACCACUACACCAGUGCACAAGUCGAGGACAUCUGGACAUCAUGCUACUCCUGUUAGACUCUGGAGCUAAUGUCAAUGCUCUGGACCAUGAGUCCCUCACCCCACUACACCAGGCCGUCAUACACGCCAAUAAAGACGCUACGCAACUAUUGCUAUGGCACGGUGGCAGUGUGCACAACGCAGGUCAUGUGACCGACACCCUGGACGUGGUACGACUAGCGGAGAGUGUUCACGUCUGUCAUGGCCUCGUCUCAGAAGCUGUCGGCAAGGUGUGGUCUCUACAGCACCUCUGUCGGGUGGUUGUUCGACGUAGCCUUGGGGCUCGUAAUAGGAGGAGAUUAAAGGAGCUUCCUCUUCCUCGUCACCUCCUCUCGUUCUUGACAACCCUUCCAUUGGUGGUGGGUGGGCAAUUGAGUGGGCGGAGGAGUAGAGGUCAGAGGUCAACAGCAGCAUUACGGAUUAGUGGACUAACAUAACAAAACUUUGGCAGCAUUAUCACUUCACAGUUGUUCAAUAUGUCAUUAUAUAAAAUAUU